AUGUCAAAAGAGCAAAAUCGUUAUGGAAAACUACAACUGAAAAUUUGGCUAGCAAAAACGGUAUUAAUACUAUCUACGCUAUUAUUUAUACUAUGCUUAGUAUAUUUUGUUCUCUAUGUCGCUGUAAUGUUCCACAAUCGGUCAUAUGUGAAUCACUUGAACGAAAAGAACACAGAAAUGCGCUACAGCCAGAAACUGAGCGGGUUCUCGAAUUCGUAUUUUAUAGUUGAUUUUGAACAUUGCGGUACGAAUGGUUGUCCAGUACUUAGACAGGUGAUGAUCAAUUCAUCAUCAGCAUUCAUUGUGAAUGAUAUACUGAAAGGAGAUGAAAAUGCCAAUAACAAGAACAUGGCAACUAAUUACGUUUCAUUGGAGGAAUUCUGUCUGAAUCCAUCGAGUGAGUUAAUGCCGCUACCGAGCUGGAAUGAGAAAAGAUGCCAGUUCUUGAACAAAAAACCAUCUUUUUUGGUGAAGUGCGCCUCUAUUUUCCGCAUUCGUGCUGUGAAUGUGGUAUUUGAUAAGUUUUACAAUCAGAUAUUUAAUUUGCAUGCACACGAGUCGUACGUAAACAGAUUUUUUGUGCUACGCGUGACUGAAAGUUAUAUCAACGUUGUACGAGCACUGAAAGACGAUGAUAACGGUACACUAAUCACGGCCAACAAAGUUAUCUCAUCGGGUCAUAACUGUGUAAAUCUUUUUAUCAUUCUGAUCAGUGAGUUGGCCAGUGUUAGUUAA